AUGUCCGCUCCAACAGAUAAGACUAUCCUCAUUACCGGAGCGUCCGGGUUUGUCGCGACUCAUGUGGUCAAAGCCUUUCUUGAACGUGGCUACCAAGUUCGUGGCACAGUCAGAUCAGAGCAAACUGCAGUGAACGUGCGCAAGAACUUCUUGGAAUAUUCCGAUCGACUAUCAUUCACCAUCGUCGAGGAUAUAGCACAGCCUGGUGCUUUCGACGAGGCAGUACAAGGAGUCGACGGAAUCAUUCACACCGCAUCUCCAUUCCAGUUUGUGGUUGUAGACCAAGAAAAAGAUCUGCUCCAGCCUGCAAUCCAUGGUACAACUUCAAUUCUUCAAGCUGCGUUAGGACAGCCGCAAAUUACAAGAAUUGUGAUCACAUCGUCAUUUGCCGCUGUCGCCAAUUUGAGCAAAGGUCUUUGGCCUGAGCAUACAUACACCGAGAAUGAUUGGAACCCAAUAACGUAUGAAGAGGCUAAAGUAGCCGAUGGUGUGAGCGCGUAUUGUGCUUCCAAAGCAUUUGCUGAAAAGGCUGCUUGGGACCUUCUGGAAAAAGAGAAGCCUCAUUUCAGCUUGGCAACUAUCUGCCCGCCCAUGGUCUACGGUCCAGUCGAACAUCAUGUACAAGACAUGAGCAAGCUGAACACCAGCGCUGCCGACAUCUAUCGACUUGUCAAUGGAAGCACUCAGGAGGUACCCCCAACAGGAUUCCCUGCCUGGGCGGAUGUUCGCGAUGUUGCCGAAGCCCACCUUCGUGCAUUUGAAGUCGAUCAAGCUGCCAAUGAGCGAUUUUUGAUCACUUCGGGUAACUACAGCUACGAGGAUGUGUGCGAUGUCCUGCGAACUGGCUUUCCUGAGAUCAAGGACAAGAUUCCCAUGGGUCAAGUUGGGGCCAGUCAGCCGGCCGUAUACAAGGUCUCCAAUCAGAAAGCAAAGUCAGUGCUCGGAAUGGAGUUUAGAUCUCUGGAAAGCAGUAUGCAGGACACUGUGAAGAGUCUACUCGAGCUGGAGACAAAACUUCAGUAA